AUGGCACCGAAAAUUGCUAUCGUUUACUACAGCACCUGGGGCCAUGUCGCCAAACUAGCCCAGGCUGAAGCUGAGGGUAUCAAAGCCGCAGGAGGCACUGCAGAUCUCUUUCGAAUCCAGGAGACCCUAUCCGCUGAGGUCCUCGCCAAGAUGAAGGCUCCCAGCCAAGAAGCGUCUGGCGUUCCGGUUCUCACGGACCCGUCACAACUAGAAGUUUACGAUGCUUUCCUCUUCGGCAUCCCAACGCGCCUCGGCAACUUCCCGGCGCAGUGGAGAACCUUCUGGGAUUUGACCGGCAAGCAAUGGUUUGCUGGUUCAUUCUGGGUGUGUUAUGCUUCUCUCCUCUCAUUCUGGGAGAGCGCGCUUGCUGACAACGAGGUCGCUUACCAGGGCAAGUAUGCUGGCCUCUUCGUCUCGACCGGCGGCCAGGGUGGUGGACAGGAAAGUACUGCGCUGGCGUCGAUGAGCACGCUUGCCCAUCAUGGCAUGAUCUACGUGCCGCUUGGCUACAAACCCGUCUUCAAGCAGCUGACCGACCUUUCUGAGGUGCACGGUGGCAGUCCUUGGGGUGCUGGCUCAUUCGCCGAUAACAAUGGCUCCCGUCCGCCCUCAGCGUUCGAGCUCGAGAUCGCGAGAGAACAGGGCAAGGCAUUCUAUGAACUUGUCUCGCGCGUGUCGUUCGCGCAACCGAACGGUCCGCUAGAGCAGGCACCAAUUGCUGCGAAUGAAGAGGCGAACACAGUACAGGAGCAUGCUGCUGCUAGUCAUUGAAAUAGGGGUGAUGAACGAUAGAAUAUAAAAUCAAACAAAAACUAGAGUAUUUAAGCAGAAAAUCGAAUUCCGAAAUAUCCUGGC